AUGGCCGGGAAGUUUUGGAGCUCUUCGCAGUUUCAACAGUGGAUACUCGAUCGGCAAGACCUCCUCAGAGAGCGACAUGGAGACCUCCAGAUUCUGAGCGAAGAAGAGUAUCACAAAGUGAUGAUUUUCUUCGCGAAUUUCAUUCAGUCUUUGGGUGAGCAGCUGAAAGUGAAACAGCAGGUGAUCGCCACAGCGACCGUCUAUUUCAAGAGGUUCUAUGUGCGGAAUUCCUUCAAAUGCGUCGAUCCCUUGCUCCUCGCUCCUACCUGCAUCUUUCUCGCCUCGAAGGUGGAAGAAUUCGGUGUUAUAUCUAACUCAAGACUGAUCUCAACUUGCCAAGCCGUUGUCAAAAACAAAUACUCUCACGUCUACACUGCGGAGUUCCCCUACAGAAUAAACCAUGUGUUGGAAUGUGAAUUUUAUCUCCUAGAAGUCAUGGAUUGUUGCCUCGUCCUCUAUCACGCUUACCGCCCACUAGUGCAAUACGUUGCGGACAUAGGUCAGGAAAAUGAUCUCCUCUCGACGGCAUGGAAGGUUGCCAACGACAGUUUGAGAACGGAUGUUGCUCUGAUGUAUCCGCCGCAUCAGAUUGCCAUCGCCUGCCUCCACAUCGCGUGCGUCAUAUUGCAGAAGGACUAUAAGACCUGGUUCGCGGAACUCAACGUAGACUUCGAAAAGAUUCUUGAAAUCACUCGAAUAAUCCUGAACCUUUAUGAGCUGUGCAAGAAUUUCGACGAGAAGAAAGAAAUUCCCCAGAUUUUGCAGAAAGUUCCCAAGCCCAAAACGCAGCCCUCGCGGCCGCCGUCCCAGGGCGCGGACGGCCAGCCGCCGGCACAGCCGGUCGUUCAGCAACAACAGCAGCCCCAAGGCCUACAACAGCCUUAG